AAUUGGAAUAAAAACACACACCACUCGUUUGGUCACACUGGCCCAGGCGAACAGCUGUUUUCCGAACCGAAAAGCGCUUGUGUUCCAAAUUUUACGUAAUUCGUAUUUUGAAGCCGAUUUCUGCCGUAUAGCCCCAACCGCCUAGCGAAAUGUCGGCUCUCCGCCAAGUGAUGUGCAGAAGCACUGCCUCCCUGCAGCUGUACCAGGCCAACAGAGCAGCCGCUGCCCGCUGGGCAUCCACCGCCUCGACGGACGGCGGUCCCCUGGACCCCAAGACGGCCCUGGCCCGACCCGACGAGCUGGAGCAGCGCAACAAGCUGAGUGGCAAGAUCACCGUGCCCACGGCCGUCAAUCUCAGCCCGAUCAGCGGCGUUCCGGAGGAGCAUCUGCGAGAGCGGCGUGUGCGCAUCCAUAUUCCGCCCAAGAACGCCAUGCAGAGCGGCACGGACAACGUGAACACCUGGCAGAUCGAGUUCGACAACCGCGAGCGCUGGGAAAAUCCGCUCAUGGGCUGGGCUUCCAGCGGCGAUCCACUGUCCAACAUGAACGUGCAGUUCGGAUCUCAGGAGGAGGCCAUCACGUUCUGCGAACGCAACGGAUGGCGCUGGUAUGUCGACGGCGCCGAGAAGCCCAAGAAGGAGCGCGUCAAGAACUACGGCAUCAACUUUGCCUGGAACAAGCGCACGCGCGUCUCCACCAAGUAGACGCCCCCCGCAGCUAGCCAGGAUUAUAGACCACAAUUAUCUUAUUUUUUUUUGCUUUGUUCAUUCAUCUGAGUACCCAAAUAAACAGUCGGCUGGACUCUAAUGACCACAGCACCAUGUAA